UGACGUAUUCACAGGGUUGCAAAGUGUGAGAAUACUCACACCGAAAGCCGAAAACUCUUCGUCCGUUUAAAAAAAAAAAGGAAAACUUUUCUGUAAAAAUGUCCAUUUAUUUAUUAUGUUUGACCACAAAUGGAGGUUUGCCAAUAUUUACACGUAAAAAGGGAGAUUGCGAUAACCUACCAUUCUCAACUGUUGCUUCAUUGAACGGCUUUCAUAUGUUUUUUAAAUCGCUGGGCAUUCAACUGGAAUCUACUACCACAAACAAGACGAAAUCCCAACAAAGCAAUAACAAUGGCCCAAAUCUCUUGGACAACGAAGAAUGGACUUAUAUUUGGCGUGAUAUGAAUGGAAUAACUUUAAUUGUAUGCGCUAGUGGUUUGGGUACGGAGCAAUCACUACAAUCGCUGGCCGAUUUGGUUUUCGGAACAAUUUCAUUAUUCAUUAGUCGGGCUAAUGAAAUGUCACAUGCUACCUUGUUGGAGCGCCUAAAAAAAGACUCUAAGAAAUAUGUUCCAAUUGUUGAUGUCAUAUUGGAAGCAGCAUGCAGUGGCUAUCAGUUGCUUGGCUACACGGAUUGCGUAUUGGCCACAGAAAAUGCCCAGCUGAUGCAGUGCCUAAAUGAUUUUAGUAGUGGUUGUGGAUCUUUAUUCUGUUGCCUUGUGGUAGGUCAUCGUAUUGCUGUAGCCACAGAAGGUUGGUGGGAUUUAGAUACCAGUGAUCGUGAAUUGCUUCUCUAUUUGCUGCAUUCGUCGACCUCACUGCAGCACGAUGUGCCUGUUUAUUUGCCCAUAAAAAGUCCAAAUAUAGCCUAUCGCUUUGUAAGCAUCCCCAUAGCAUCAACGUCUUCGGCAGCCUUGUGUGUACUCUGUGGAGCCGAGAAUGCAUCAUUUCGGGAACUCAAUAUGCAAGCAAUGAAGCUGAAUGAAUUGGCUAUUCUUUUACCUGCAGUUGAACGUUGUGUGCCACGCAGUCUGCCCGAGAAUCUGGAAAUCGAUGGCAAUGUCCUGGCCAUUAUAUUAAUUAAUCGACAUACACGUAAAAGUAUUUUCACCCGAAAUCUAAAUCAAUCCGCAAGUGUCAAGCGCAUUUGCUUAGAUCUGCUCAAGCAAUUUUUCGAUCAAACUAUGCAGGCAAUUCAACAAAUGGAAGAUAUCUCAUCCACUUCAUCGUCUGUAUCUAUAAUGGAUCAAUAUAGCUGCUCUGAUUAUCACAAGUGUUACGCCCAUGCCGAUGAUCAGAAUAACAUAAUAUUCCUCUUGGUUGUAGCAGCAGUGCCCACUCAUGCCUUAAGAUUCCUGGCUCAGCGUGUUCAUGCCAAGAUACUGCAAGAGAAAUCUAUUUGCUGGUGAUUAUCGUGCCGACUGAGAGAAAAAAGACUGACAUAUUUUAGGAAAUAGACUUGAAAUGAUUUCAAUUAUUAUACAACAUUCCGUCCAUUAAAAUAUGUAAU